UUCUCUAGUAAGGGCAGUAAAGUGACAAAUGUUGGUUGUGUCAGGUUUAUGAAUACAUUUUUUUCGUAAUUUAUUUUUUGUAUUUUUUUGUUCUUUUUCUUUUGGAGCAAGUGUAAAAUUUGUCGUGUAAAGAAAUAAAAACCGUUUUAGUCAAAUGAUUUAACAUGGCAGCUCAAAGACAUAGUUCUCGUUCGGGUGCGCGUUCAACAAUAAAUUCAAAAACCCGAUUAAACGAUAGUGCAACUGGCCCUUUUAAACCUCUUAUAGUGGGACCAUAUAUGACUCGGCCAUCUAGGUUUAAACCGAUUAUAGUGCCACGACCAACCAUGCUACGAUUUGCUCCAUAUGGAGAUAAUCGAUCCUCCAGAUCAUUCUUUAUACUAAUGAUCUAUUUGAUAACUUUAAUCAUACUGUUGUUGGCCCUGUUGCAAUGGGAAAUGAUUUCCUUGUACGAGCCCAUGCAACGUUUAUUCAGAAAACAAUAUUGGGUGAGCGUCACUUGCUUUUUGAUAUGUGCAAUAUUGUUAGCGAUAUUCAUGCUGAUCCAAGAAGUUCGCUAUAUGCCGGUAUUCAAUUGGAUCCUAUUGAUUUUUACUAUUGAACUCAUGGUGAUUGGCAUUGGUACUCUGGCCGCGUAUUGGGAGCCUAUGGCCUUGCUGGCAUACUUUCUGCUCAGUAUGCUGAUGAUCAUAAUUUUCCUAUUGAUUGGCUCCUUUAUGCCUUGUGAUCUCACUGCCAAUGCGGCUGGACUGUUUCUGGCCAGUGCCCUGUUCUUUAUACUAAGCCAAAUGAUGAUAGUCGUCUAUGUGACAAAUCCAAAAUGGGAUGGCUAUUAUUUUGCUUUUGCGUUUUUAAUCUUGUGCAUAGUAUUUACGUUUGUGAUGUACCAUGCCCAGUUGAUCAGAGGUGGGCGUUAUGCCGAAAUAAAUGCCACCGAUGGUCUCUUCGCUGUGAUUGUACUUUUUUCCUUUUUCUGUCUAAUUUUCAUGCUCUUUGCUUAUGGAAUUUGGCCGCAAUUAAAUUCAAGUAAAGGGGAAUAUCGAAAUUUACCAACUAAUGACAAUACUUCUGUUGAUGAUGAUAAUGCCGACGACGACAAUGGGGAUAAUGAUGAGUAUAAUGACGAUGAAAUUGGUGACCAAGACAUUCAACAACGUGGUGCAGAUGAUGAUGGAAGUAGUGAUAACGGUGGCAAUGGAGGUGGUGGUGACAGUGGUUACAACAGCAACAAAAUGGAUGGCUAACCGCACUAGACACCACUACCACUAUUCCUGCCAUUGUUACUACCUGUAUUAUAAAUACUGCUAACCAUAUAAUUUCAAUGUGUUUUUAUACCCUCGCAGAGGGUAUUACAAAAAGUAGAGAAGGAGACGUUUGUAUAUGUUCUUGAUCAGCAUGAGAAUCCGAAUCAAUAGAGCCAAGUUUAUCUCGCAAUUUAAAAGCUACUAGCUAAAUUUAGUAUUUGAAUAGAUUAAGAUAUUAUAGUUCCGAAUUUUAAUGAGCUUGGACAACUAGAACUUAAAUUGUAGACAAUAUAAACUAGCUCUACCCUAUGCCAUGGCCCUGAGAAAAAUACAUUUUCGGCUCUUCGGAAA